GUACAUUUGACGUCACUUCCUUUCAGGAAGUAAGAUGGUACCGACUGCAGCAAGCGCAUGUGUUUUGUCUCCAAGGUGAGUUGUGUGUAGUCCCAUCAUGGCUCUAGUAUCCCGUUUGCUCCACGUCUCUCGGGCAUGUCUUAUCUGGGGCUCUGUACCUCGGGGGCUCUGCGCCGCUAAUUGUCGGGUUAUUACGGGCUCAGAACCGGCCUUUGGUCCUAGUCUGACUCGUCAGUUCAGCAGCAGAGAUCGCAGGAGCAUCGGCAACUACACCGCAGACCCGAGCAUGGAGGAAGAGUUCGUGUUCGUGGACCUAAUUGAUGCUGACUCUGUUGAUGAAGAGAGUGAUGCAGCUCAACGGAUGCAGCUGAUGUCAUCCACCCCUUCCUCUGCAUCAUCCCAAACCUCGUUACCUGGCCUGUCUUCUCGCCCGCAUCAUCACAAACACUUGAGAUCCUUGGAGAGUCAGCUAAAAAGUCUAAAGAAUGAGGACCAGCAGGAGGCAGAGUCUGAUGCUCUCAUUCAGUUCCAGGAUGUUGAGUUUCCCCUUGAAGACAACCUUGUGAGUGCAAAAACCAAAAAGAAGAAGGCAAAGAUUAAGGGUGAGCACACAAUCUUUGGAACACCUGAUGUGAACGAGCCCCUGAGCAAUACUUCCUGUUCCGGCUGUGGCGCCAUACUGCACUGCACUGCUGUGUACACUCCAGGGUACAUACCCAAUGAGAAAUACAAGGUAUUGCUAAAGGACGGGGGUCUAGAAGGGGCAACCUGUCAACGCUGCCACCUACUCACUCACCACAAGAAGGCGCUGGAGCUGCAGGUGUCCAGAGACGAGUAUCGCAAGGUAGUCAAGCGGCUACAACCUCUGCGGGCGCUUGUGCUGCUUAUUGUGGAUCUGCUGGACCUACCGCACACCAUCAUCCCUGACCUGCCACAGUUGGUUGGCACCAACAAACAUGUGGUCGUACUCGGUAACAAGGUGGACCUGCUGCCUGCCGAUUCAUCUGAUUACCUGAAGCGGAUAAAGCGUCAGCUUGUCCUUUACUGCCAGGAGGCAGGGUUUGGGGACCAGAUCACUGACGUGCACUUGAUUAGUGCCAAGACAGGCUAUGGUGUGGAGGCACUGAUUUCAAGCCUGCAGCGCUCCUGGAAGUACAAAGGCGAUGUCUUUUUGGUGGGAAUAGCUAAUGCUGGGAAGUCCACACUCUUCAACACAUUGCUUGAGUCAGACUUUUGCAAAUCUAAGGCCAGAAAUAUCAUCCAGAAGGCGACCAUUUCUCCGUGGCCUGGUACCACACUGAACCUGUUGAAGUUUCCUAUCAUGAACCCCACACCAUACAGAAUGUUGCGGCGCCUGGACCGGCUUAAUACAUCAGAUACUGAGAUGUCACAAGAAGAACAUCGGAGACUGGCACAGUUAACGAAGCAGGGAUAUUUAGUUGGUAAUGUUGGCAGAACGUUUGGUGCUAAACCCAGAUUGGAUGAAAUUGAGUUUGAUCCAGAUAGUCUGGCCUUUGGUGAUGAUGUCCAACAUGCAGAGACAGAAGUCAGUAAGAAAACGGAUGCCUUCACUCACAAUGAGCUAAAGGAGGCUCACUGGCUGCACGACACUCCGGGCAUCAUGAAGGAGAAUGAUGUCCUAGACUUGCUAACUGAACAGGAAGUGAAGAUGGUGGUUCCUACAUAUGCCAUCACUCCACGCACGUUUGUGCUAAAGCCUGGCAUGACGCUGUUUGUAGGAGGCAUAGCCAGGAUUGACUUCUUGCAGGGUCAAAAGUCUUGCUGGUUUUCAGUUGUGGCUGCAAAUCCUGUCCCAGUUCACAUCACCAGGCUGGAAAAAGCUGAUAGUGUUUAUGAAAAACAUGCUGGACAUGUGCUGCUUGGGGUCCCAAUGGGGGGUACAGAACGAAUGAAACGGUUUCCAGAGUUGGUUUCUCAGGAAAUCAAGUUAAAGGGGCGUGGCCACCUGGAAGCAGCUUCUGACAUCACACUGACAUCUGCAGGUUGGGUUGCUGUAACGGCGGUUGAAGACGACGAGGUCACACUCAGGGUUCAUGGUCCAGCUGGGGUGCGUUACAGCGUGAGAACGCCACCGCUGCUUCCUCACAUUGUGACUGUUAAAGGAAAACGUAUCCACAAAUCCGUUUCCUACAAAUCAGUGAAGCCACGACCCCUAGUGAAUGAGGGUAUGAAGGUCAAAAAAAGGUAAAGCCUUGUUGUUGGAGUGGACUGAACUCAUCUUCAAAAUAAAACACAGUGGUUGACUGGUAUUGGAAUCACAGCUGCAGACUUCAGCACUUUGUAGGGCAACCGGUGUUGAUGGUCCUCAGGAUUGUCCGUCGGUCGUAAAAAGUGGAUGAUUGUUUGAGUAGAACAGUGUUAUAAAGCUGUAGUUUCAUUAGUUUUUAACCAUGAUGUUUGUCUGUAAAUACUGAACGCUUGAAGAUUUAACUGUAUCCUUAUUCAAUAGACUUAUAGUAAACUGAUCAUAUGUCAUUGGGUUUUAUAUAAAAUGAAAAAGAAAUCACAGAGGAAACUUUGGAAUUUUGAAAUAUUGUGUAUUUGUGAAAAUUAUUUUUGACUAAUACAGUUUGAAAACCAAACACCAGAAAAACAAGUCUGUUUACAAAACGUUAGUUCAGUACAACAUUGAAGAAUUGUUUGAAGAAUUCUGAACCUUAAUUUUCUAAAGUCUGAUAAGAUUUUACUUUUUUUUUACUAGAAAGUGAUAAACACACAGUUUGUCAUGGAAAAGAAAAGGAUUUUGUUAUUCUUUGACAGUAGAGAGUAGUAGGCACGAGGCAGGAAACCAAUCAUUUCAUCAGUUGAUGACUGAUCAAUGAAUAGAUCAGCUGCUUGAAACAACAGUCACACAAAAGCAUCACUUUCUCAUCACUGGCAGUAAAUCUGAUGUUUUUCCAAUGUUCUUCUCUUCUCAAAGACAUCACUUUGGCAUCCACUAUUGCACAAUAAUACAGUUUUUACAGAGCUACAGAGCUAAAAUUUUGAAUCAUAACACAGCA